AUGGAGAAAAAAGUGUACCGGAGAGGUCUCCUUUUCCUUUGCUUUCAACUUUUAAGUCUCUCUCGCCUCUCAAUCCCUCUCUAGGCCUCUCUAGAAAGCUCGUCUGAACCUUUUGCUAGGUGACCUGUUUCUUAGGUUGAGUACAAUGUCGUUCUUUGGAGGAAAAGAUCCAUUUGAUGACCCAUUCUUCACAAGCCCAUUUGGUAGCAUCUUUGGUAGGAAGAAUCUGUUUGAUGACCCAUUUUUCCCUCAUCCAUUUGAUGGAAAAUCUAGUUCUGAGCGUCAAUUGAAGGAAAUUGCUAUUGAAGAAUUAAACUCUGAUGAUAACACUCAGAAGCAUUCAAGUGAAAAUCCCAUUAUUACUUUCCCCAGUGAAAAUGCUAGUGGGAACCAUACCUUCAGCUUCCAAAGAGUUGCAUAUGGUGGACCGGAAGGAAUGUAUUACACUUCUUCUAUGGCUAGGGCUAGCACUGGUGAUGGAGUGGUUCUGUUAGAGACAAAAGAAGAAGAUAAGACAAUGGGUCAAUCACUGCAUACUGUUUCUAAAGGGAUCAAAGAUAAGGGCCUUUCCCUUACCAAGAAACACAAUUCAGAUGGCAAAGUGGAUACACUGCAGACUCUACACAAUUUGAAUGAAGAUGAGCUGUCUAGUUUUGAUGGAGCUUGGAAAAGUAAUGUUCAGAGGUAUUUUCCUGGCUGGGAUGAUAAGUUUAGUUUGCUUGAAUAUCCAGAAGGCAGCAGCAGUGGAUGGAAUGGCCACCCAACUUGGGGCGGCUGGGCUCUACCAUCUGCAGAGCACUUGGGAGACGCCAAAGGAAUGAAACGAGAUACUGGAGCUAAGACUCUUUCUUCUGGGCAGAGAGCCAAAAAGGUUGUUCGAGUCGAUAUAGAGUAGAUUAAGAGUUAUACAUUUUAGGGUUUUUCAAGAACUUCAUGUGGUAGAUUAAUAGGACUUGUUGCUUUUCCACUCGGUGAUAUAGCUUUGGUGCUACUUGUGCCUCUCUGAUCUGACUUCUAAAUCUUGGUUUGUGAAGGAUAUAUCUGGCUAAUUUUUAUUUUUUUUGGAGUUA